UAAAAAAUAUCAACGUUUUGCUAGCAUUCCAUAAUAAUUUUUGUGUUUUUUUUGUCAAAAUAGAAAUAAUUUUAAAAACUUUUGGUGGACAACCAUGACACUCGUGUUAAAAGUUAAGUGCCGAGCUUGUAACCGAAUGUGCGGUGACUACAAACAUCUAUUGGACGAAACGGUCAUAGACAGCGAGAGCAGCACAUUAGCGGCUUUACUUACUUAUUGUACGACAGUCGAGCUCUUCCAAGAAAAUUGCAAUGCUCCUCCUUUGCCCGAACAUAUUUGCAAUAGUUGUGUAGAACACUUACUGCAGUCAUAUUUAUUUAAGGAAAUGGUUUUACAAACAAAUCAUGACCUACAUGAAUAUUUAAAACAGCAGCGGCAUGAAUUGGAGCAGGAAAAAAAAUUGGGAGGGAUAAUGGAGCCGGAUCCAGAUAUCGAUGUGGAUGUGGAUGGUGUCGAUGAUGACGAGAGUAAAGUAGCGGAGCAAAGAGAUAAUAAUACUGAAUAUAUUAAUGAAACCGAUGGUAAAGUAGAGAAGGAGGAGCAGGAAGUACCAUCUGACGAAGUAAUAGUAAAAGAAGACCAGAUAGAAGAUAAGCUCGACGAAAAAGAUGUCGAAUAUGAAAUGGAAGAAUGGUUAGAACCUAUAAAGGAAGAAGAAGAAGUAGAAUAUAUUCUUACCGAUACCUAUGAUGAUAUGAUCACGGAUGAAGUCGAAUUUGAAGAACUUUCCACAGAGGAUGACAGGGAAUUUGACAAAAGUUUGCCUUCAAACAAAGAAAAUCAAGGAGAAGAGAGUUGCACCGCGGCCAAAGCAGAGAUUGAAGCUGAAAACACCGAAGAGGAAAAAGAAGAAUGGGAGUUUGUUGCAACUGAGGAAAAACCAAAGACCACAUUAAAAAAGUCGCAUGUGAAACGGAGAAGCUUAAAGGAUGGAAAUAUAACACAGGAGGAUCUUACUUGUAAACAUUGUGGUAAACAGUUCGAUAAAUUGUGUCGAUUGCGUGAGCAUACUUAUAUGCACACCGGCGAAAAACCGCACGUUUGUGCUGUAUGCGGCAAACGUUCACGCACGAAAACUCACCAUAACGUGCACAUGCAAACGCAUAGUGAGACAAGACGUUACAAAUGCCAAAUCUGUACCCGUAUGUACCGUACAUCUAAUAGUCUCAAGGUGCACAUACGUAAGCACAGUGACAUACGACCGUAUAACUGCCCGCUAUGUGAAAAAAGCUUCCACACUGGCGAACAGCGAAAAUUGCAUGUAAUGCUACAUACAGGUGAACGACCGUUUAGCUGCACAAAAUGUGGUAAAGCGUAUCGUGAAAACUACUCGCUACGUCUGCAUAUGCAGACGCAUGAGGAUAAAAAGCCUUAUCAAUGUGAGGUGUGCGGCAAAGGCCUAACGCAAAUGUCCGGAUAUAAACGACAUAUGCUUUUACACACCGGUGAAUAUCCUCACAAGUGUGAUGUGUGCGGUCGAGCAUUUCGCAUUUCCAGUAAUUUGGUUGCCCAUAAACGUUUGCAUUUGGAUGUUUUGCCAUUUCAGUGUAAGGAUUGCAAUAAAGGCUUCACUACAAGUUCCAGGCUUAAACGUCAUAUGAUUCGGCAUGAAUGUGGAGAUGAACAAGAAUCUACCGAAUGUACUUUUAAACCACGAAAGCAAAAAAGUCAGUCGAUUUUAGUAGAUGCGAAAAUGGCAAGAUCAAAAGUGGUAGAGAUAAUUUAGAAGUUUAUAUCGUUUACGCUUUAUAUAUUAUGUUUGCUUUUGCUUUUAUGUUCAAGUUAGCGUAUCGUCUGGUUUAGUUCUCCACGAAUAA